CUUUUAUACCCUUGUCCCGUCUCAAAUCCUUUUUCUGAUAAUCGUUUCAUCUUAUAUUUUCUAUUAAACUUUCCUUUCCCUUUUCUCGAGAAAAUGGCAGAAAUUAAUACCAGCUCAAUGGCUCAAUGAAUCUCCAAACAUGAGGGCCUCGAUAUGGACAGAUGAUCCAAACGCGCCAUCAACCUCAAGCUCGCAGCCACGCUUUCCUUCUCAAGCUGCGCCAAACCACUCCAAUUCCCGUGUGAGCAAUGUGUUCAGACUAUUGUCGCGAAGAGAGGUUUGUCCUCGAACAAAGCGUUUGUCCAAAAGACGAUGGAGAGAAGCUUCAAAGCAGUGUUCUAGUUCCUUGGAGUCAAGGUUUGAAAAGGAGCAAGAUGCAAGACGAGGUCUUGUCUCAUGGGUAGAGUCAGAAUCAUUGCAGCGUCUAUCAGCAGAUUAUUGUGCAUUGUUGCCUCCCCCAAGGUCAACUAUUGCAGCAGCAUUCAGCCUUGAUGGGAAGGCGCUGGCUUCUACACAUGGGGACCAUACGGUAAAGAUUAUUGAUUGCCAAACUGGAAGAUGCUUAAGAGUGUUGUGUGGACACCGGAGGACACCCUGGGUGGUUCGGUUUCAUCCAUUAAAUCCUGCAAUACUUGCAAGUGGAAGUUUGGACCAUGAAGUUCGGUUGUGGGAUGCAAAUACUGCAGAUUGUAUAGGAUCACGUGAUUUUUACCGUCCUAUUGCUUCUAUAGCUUUUCAUGCCCAUGGGGAGCAUCUUGCUGUAGCUUCUGGUCACAAGCUAUAUAUAUGGCACUAUAACAGGAGAGGGGAGACAUCUUCACCAAAAGUUAUAUUGAAGACACGCCGUUCACUACGAGCUGUGCAUUUUCACCCUCAUGGUGCUCCGUUUCUUUUAACGGCUGAGGUCAAUGACCUAGACCCAUCAGAGUCCUCAAUGACACUUGCAACCUGUCCAGGUUAUUUGCGCUAUCCUCCGCCUGCUGUAUAUAUGGCUGAUACUCGUUUUAGUGGUCAUCCUACGUUGCCAGAUGAGCCACCUCUCAUGACUUUACCCUUCUUGCUGUGGCCUUCAUUUGCUAGAGAUUAUGAGAGAAUAUCUUUGCAACAUACUGAUGGAGAUGUUGGUGCAAGUCGUACACAAGAGAGAGUGGAUUCUUCUGCUUCAGUGCGCCUUUUGACAUUUUCAACUCCUUCAGGGCAGUAUGAACUUGUGUUGUCUCCUAUUGAACCUAAUAGCUCAUCUCCCAUUCCAGAAGAAGCAGCGCCGGAUUCUUUGGUUAGUGAAAUGGUUAAUGCAGUUCCUGAAACUGCUGUGGAUACUGUGGAAGUGCAGCCUGAAGGAAGAAGUAAUUAUUCGUUCCCUUUGGGUGAUCCAACAAAUUGGGAGCUUCCUUUCUUGCAAGGUUGGUUAUUUGGACACAGCCAAGCAGCACAGCACAUAACUGGGCCGCUUAAUGGUUCUGCUCAUGAUAACUUUGCAGCAUCUGGUGAAAUGGAAAAUCUGCCAACUUCCUUCCUAAUAUCAAACAAUGCUGGUCAAUCUAGGGUCAGUGGAAGAUCUGGUUCAGGGCAUCAAUCUUCACGAUCCCACAUAAUAUCUGGAACUGGAUCUGGUGAAAGGACUGCUUUUGUUAACAUCCCACAUAGUGAAAGAGGUACACAACCUGUUGUUAGCAGAUUUCAAUCUGAUUUGUCCACAUCCCUGGCUUCAGCUGCUGCUGCUGAGUUACCUUGCACUGUGAAGCUAAGAAUCUGGCCACAUGAUAUGAAAGAUCCAUAUGCUCAUCUUGAAGGUGAAUGGUGUCGCUUGACUAUACCACAUGCUGUACUUUGUAGUGAGAUGGGUGCCCAUUUUUCACCUUGUGGAAGAUAUUUAGCAGCCUGUGUAGCAUGUGUGUUGCCUAGUUUAGAAGCUGAUGCUGGAUUACAAAGUCAAGGGCACCAUGAUGUCUCAGGGGCUGGAACUUCCCCAACUCGUCACCCAAUUUCAGCUCACCAAGUUAUGUAUGAGCUUCGGAUAUAUUCCCUGGAGGAGGCAACGUUUGGUUUGGUGCUUGCAUCUCGGGCAAUAAGAGCUGCUCAUUGUUUAACUUCAAUUCAGGACCAGGUCACCGGUGAGUACGAUGGGAAGGGGCUGGGUAGUCAUAGGGGCAGCGGUGGCUCGUUUCAGUUGCGAGACAUGAAAGACAUCAUGUAUCCGGGCUGUGGGGGGUAA